GCUGGGCUCAAACUAGUCAGGUUUAUUUUAAUUGAACCAUGGACUAUAUCCCUUUUCAACAGCUAAAUGCAUAUUAAUACUGGAACUUUCUGAAAUUCCAGAUUGUCUUUGUUCAAAGUGACUUGAACAAUCUAAGGAACACUAUACCUUUUUAAAGCAAUGAUCUUCAAUCUUCUGUGGGACACCAUUGAAUGAAAGCUUCACAAACAAGAUCUAAGAAUUACAGCAGUACAAAUAAAUAACAAAAGUAAAUUACAGAUUAAAUCUCUUUUUCAGCCUCCAAAGGUUUUGUUUUGUCCUUCUCAGAAGCUGAGGGAGGCUAGUUUUGAAAUUCAGAAACUAUCAAAAGUGCCCAAGCAUUAAGAAAUGGGAGCUUUUCUGAGAUCUGGCAAGAUGGUAGAGCAGAAGAAGCGGACCUUCCGCAAGUUCACCUAUCACAGCGUAGACCUGGACCAGCUGCUGGACAUGUCCUACGAGCAGCUGAUGCAUCUGUACAGUGCACACCUACUGCGGCGGCCAAACCCGGGCCUGCGGCGGAAGCAGCAGUCGCUGCUCAAGCGCCUGCGCAAUGACAAGACGGAGAUGCCGCCCAUGGAGAAGCCGGAAGUGGUGAAGACGCACCUGUGGGACAAGAUAAUCCUGCCACAGAGGGUGAGAAGCAUGGUGGGCGUCUACAACGGCAAGACCUUCAACCAGGUGAAGAUCAAGCCGGAGAUACUUAGCCACUACCUGGGCAAGUUCUUUAUCACCUACAAGCCCGUGAAGCAUGGCCGGCCAGGCAUCAGAGCCACCCAAUCCUCCAGCUUCAUCCCCCUCAAAUAGUGGCUCCGCUAAU